AUGGCAAAUGUUGCGUUGAUCGGAGGCACGGGGAUGGUGGGUUCCCACAUCCUCACCAGCCUCUUGUCCAACCCCGCGGUCACUCGAGUCGACAGCAUCUCCCGACGCACCCCACCAGUCGCAUCAGGUACACCCCAAGCCAAGCUCACCACCAUCGUCAACGGCGACACCGCCACCUGGGCCGGCCACCUUUCCUCGCUCACCCCAACCCCGGGCAUCUUCAUUUCCGCAUUCGCCACAACGCGCGGCGCCGCCGGCGGGUUCGAGAACCAGUACAAGAUCGAGCAUGGGCUGAACAUCGAGAUGGCCCGUGCCGCCCGCGACGCCGGCACCAAGGCCUACGUGCUGAUCUCGAGCAGCGGGGCCAACAAGUCUUCCUCGAUGGCCUACGUGCGCAUGAAGGGCGAGAUUGAGGAGGACGUGAAGGCGCUCGGCUUCGAACGCACGGUCAUCCUGCGCCCGGGUCUUAUUGCGGGCUCGCGUGAGGAGAGCCGACCCAUGGAGGCUGCGGUUCGCUGCAUCGCGAGCUGGGCCGGCAAGGUGCACUCCUCUCUCAAGGAUAGCUGGGCCCAGGAGUCUGAUGUUAUUGCGCGGGCUGCGGUGAAUGCCGGGUUGAAGGCGCUUGAGGGUGAUGUUCCUGCUGGGAGCGAGAAGGUCUGGACUCUGGCUGGUAGUGAUAUCAUCAAAUUCAGCCAGGAGGAUGCGGCUACUUCGUCCUAG